AUGCUUGGUAACAUUCAAGCUAUGCUUCUUGUUGGUUGGCGUCUAUGCAAGCUAUAUGAAUCUGGAAAGAUGACUCCUGGUCAUGCUAGCUUGGGCAAGGCAUGGACCUCCAAUAAGGCUAGAGAAACAGUUUCUCUUGGUCGAGAACUACUUGGUGGAAAUGGUAUCUUGGCUGAUUUCUUAGUGGCAAAGGCCUUUUGUGAUAUGGAGCCAAUAUUUUCCUAUGAAGGCACUUAUGACAUCAAUAGUAUGGUAACGGCCAGAGAAAUCACUGGCAUUUCAAGCUUUAAGCCUGCUCUGUUGAGCAAACUAAGUCGCCUCUAGUUCUGUAUACAUCCUCGAAUAUAGCCUUCACAGGUUCUACGAUGGCAACAAGAAGAGAUUGGAGCCGGCCAAAUAAUGCUUAUCCAGGUUCUUUGCUUUGCAUAUUAUCAUGAAAUCUGAUGAGAAAUGUCUAUUAGUUAUAUCUGCUUUCAGCAUCAGAACAAUAACACAAGAGAACAUUCAGAUUUACCUUCAGCUUCCUAUUCAGCUAUAUCCAAAGCUUGAAGGAGGGUUUGUUAAGGUUUUGUUUGUUUUUGAAAAAAUGUUUGGCAAUUUCUUGGUGAUGAUUAUCAUGAAGUUGAAAUUUAAUUUUAAUUGGCCCUUUUUUCCUUAGAAAAA